CCGGCUCCUCGCUUCCGCGCCCCGGCCGAGCCGCUUUGGGAGACGGCCCUGGAGACCCGGAGCGCUAAGGCGGACGGACCGCAGGGGUUGUUUGAAGGCCGAGGCCAACAUGGCGGCGCUGGCGGCUCCCGGCCUUCUCCGCCAGAUCCUUGCUCUGCGCUCCGGUGUGGGCGUGGCUCUGCAGGGUCGAAGUGUCCAUUCGAGCGUGGCCGCUGACAGCCCCAGCAGCACCCAGCCCGCUGUGUCCAAGGCUGGAGCCGUGGUCCCCAAGCCCACCGCGCUUCCCAGCAGCCGGGGCGAGUAUGUGGUGGCCAAGCUGGACGACCUCAUCAACUGGGCCCGCCGGAGUUCCCUGUGGCCCAUGACCUUCGGCCUGGCCUGCUGCGCCGUGGAGAUGAUGCACAUGGCCGCGCCCCGCUAUGACAUGGACCGCUUCGGCGUGGUCUUCCGCGCCAGCCCGCGCCAGGCGGACGUCAUGAUCGUGGCCGGCACGCUCACCAACAAGAUGGCCCCGGCCCUGCGCAAGGUCUAUGACCAGAUGCCAGAGCCUCGCUACGUCGUGUCCAUGGGCAGCUGUGCCAACGGAGGCGGCUACUACCACUACUCGUACUCCGUCGUGAGGGGCUGUGACCGCAUCGUGCCCGUGGACAUCUACGUCCCAGGCUGCCCGCCCACGGCUGAGGCCCUGCUCUACGGCAUCCUGCAGCUGCAGAAGAAGAUCAAGCGGGAGAAGAGGCUCCGCAUCUGGUACCGCAGGUAGUGCCGGCCCCCCCCCGGCCCCUGCGGCGGCCCUGAGGAUGGCCAAUAAACCUGCUGCACCCACCUCGCCA